GAAGAAGGCAUCGUCAAGGAGAUCGACAUCAGCCACCAUGUGAAGGAGGGAUUUGAAAAGGCCGACCCGUCCCAGUUCGAGCUGCUGAAGGUUUUAGGACAAGGAUCCUACGGGAAGGUGUUCCUGGUGCGGAAGGCCGUGGGCCCGGACGCGGGGCAGCUGUACGCGAUGAAGGUCCUGAAGAAGGCCACCCUGAAAGUUCGCGACCGAGUCAGGUCGAAGAUGGAGAGAGAUAUCUUGGCAGAAGUGAAUCACCCCUUCAUUGUGAAGCUCCAUUAUGCCUUUCAGACGGAAGGGAAGCUCUACCUGAUCCUGGACUUCCUGCGGGGCGGGGACCUCUUCUCCCGGCUCUCCAAAGAGGUCAUGUUCACGGAGGAGGACGUCAAGUUCUACCUGGCCGAGCUGGCCCUGGCUCUAGACCACCUGCACGGCCUGGGGAUCAUCUACAGAGACCUGAAGCCCGAGAACAUCCUCCUGGACGAAGAGGGCCACAUUAAGAUCACAGAUUUCGGGCUGAGUAAGGAGGCCAUCGACCACGACAAGCGAGCCUACUCCUUCUGCGGGACCAUCGAGUACAUGGCGCCCGAGGUGGUGAACCGGCGGGGACACACGCAGAGCGCCGACUGGUGGUCCUUCGGCGUGCUCAUGUUCGAGAUGCUCACGGGGUCCCUGCCGUUCCAGGGGAAGGACAGGAAGGAGACCAUGGCCCUCAUCCUCAAGGCCAAGCUGGGGAUGCCGCAGUUCCUCAGCCCCGAGGCGCAGAGCCUGCUGAGAGCCCUCUUCAAGCGGAACCCGGUCAACCGGCUGGGUGCCGGCAGCGAUGGCGUGGAGGAGAUCAAACGCCACCCUUUCUUCGUCACCACAGACUGGAACAAGCUGUACCGAAGGGAAAUCAAGCCACCCUUCAAGCCCGCGGUGGGCCGGCCCGAGGACACCUUCCACUUCGACCCCGAGUUCACGGCCCGGACGCCCACAGACUCGCCGGGCGUCCCCCCCAGCGCCAACGCUCACCAUCUGUUCAGAGGCUUCAGUUUCGUGGCCUCCAACCUGGUGCAGGAGCCCUUGCAGCAGGACCUGCACAAAGCCGCCGUUCACCCCAUCGUGCAGCAGCUGCACGGGAACAACAUCCACUUCACCGACGGCUAUGAGAUCAAGGAGGACAUCGGGGUGGGCUCCUACUCCGUGUGCAAGCGGUGUGUACACAGAGCCACCGACGCGGAGUACGCCGUGAAGAUCAUCGACAAGAGCAGGCGAGACCCCUCGGAGGAGAUCGAGAUCCUGCUGCGGUAUGGCCAGCACCCCAACAUCAUCACCCUCAAGGACGUCUACGACGACGGGAAGUUCGUGUACCUGGUGACGGAGCUGAUGCGGGGCGGCGAGCUCCUGGACCGCAUCCUGCGGCAGAGGUACUUCUCGGAGCGGGAGGCCAGCGACGUGCUGUGCACCAUCGCCAAGACCAUGGACUACCUGCACUCCCAGGGGGUGGUGCACCGCGACCUGAAGCCGAGCAACAUACUGUACAUGGACGAGUCCGGGAACCCCGAGUCCAUCCGGAUCUGCGACUUCGGGUUCGCCAAGCAGCUGCGUGCGGAGAACGGACUGCUGAUGACGCCCUGCUACACGGCCAACUUCGUGGCGCCGGAGGUGCUGAAGCGGCAGGGCUACGACGCAGCCUGCGACGUCUGGAGCCUGGGGAUCCUGCUCUACACCAUGCUGGCGGGAUUCACCCCCUUUGCAAACGGGCCAGACGAUACUCCCGAGGAGAUCCUGGCGCGGAUCGGCAGUGGGAAGUACGCCCUCUCGGGCGGGAACUGGGACUCCGUCUCCGAGGCGGCCAAGGACGUGGUAUCCAAGAUGCUCCACGUGGACCCGCACCAGCGCCUGACUGCUGUUCAGGUCCUGAAACACCCGUGGAUUGUGAACAGAGAGUACCUGUCCCAGAAUCAGCUCAGCAGACAGGAUGUCCACCUGGUGAAGGGCGCGAUGGCCGCCACCUACUUGGCUCUGAACCGGACGCCGCAGGCCCCGCGGCUGGAGCCGGUGCUGGCGUCGGGCCUGGCGCAGCGCAGGGGCAUGAAGAGACUCACGUCCACGCGCUUGUAGCGGCGGGACUC